CAGAGAGAGAGAGAGAGAGAGAGAGAGAGAGAUGAGGAGCCAUCAAGUUCGUCUGAACUGUGGAAUUACAAUGCCAGUUAUUGGACUGGGCACUUAUUCCUUCCAAAAUGAUGAUGAGACCACACAACUUGCUGUCCAUAAUGCCCUUCAGAUGGGCUACAGGCACUUUGACACAGCAAAGGUGUAUGGUUCAGAGCCAGCCAUAGGAAAUGCUUUAGCAAAAGCAAUUAAUGAUCAAACAGUGACAAGAGAGGACAUUUUUGUUACAUCUAAGCUAUGGGGUUGUGAUCACCAUGAUCCUGUUUCAGCUCUCAACCAAACUCUCGAGAAACUGGGGAUGGAGUAUGUAGAUAUGUAUUUGGUGCACUGGCCAGUGAAGCUGAAGCCUUGGGUUAGUUAUCCGGUGCCUAACGAAGAAGAUUUUGACAAGUUAUUAGACAUUGAGUCCACAUGGGCUGGAAUGGAGAGAUGCUUGGAUUUGGGAUUAUGUAGAUGUAUUGGUGUCAGCAAUUUUUCCAGCAACAAGAUCUUAAGCUUAUUGGAUUCUGCUUCUGUUCCUCCAGCUGUUAAUCAGGUGGAAAUGCAUCCACUGUGGAGGCAAGCCAAGCUGCGAGAGGUGUGUGGAGAUUACAAAAUACAUGUGAGUGCUUACUCACCACUUGGUGGCCCUGGAAAUGCCUGGGGCUCAACCGCUGUGGUUGAUCAUCCUGUCAUAAAAUCCAUUGCUCUCAAACACAAAGCAACCCCAGCUCAGGUUGCUUUAAAGUGGGGAUUAUCAAAAGGGUCUAGCAUGAUUGUGAAGAGCUUCAAUCAGAACAGGAUGAAGGAAAAUAUUGAGGCCUUGGAUCUCAAAUUGGAUAAUCAAGAUCUUUUGGACAUUGACAAAUUGGAGGAGAGGAAGAUAUUGAGAGGAGAGGUUUAUGUUAAUCAGACAACAAGUCCAUACAAGACAAUUGAAGACCUUUGGGAUAAUGAAAUUUGAAUAUUUGAUGGACCUAUAAUGUUGUUGUAUUUCAUAUUUCUCAUUGUCAAUUUAUCAAAUAACAAGGAUCCUUCUGUAUCCUUUCCCCUGCUCUAGUCUAUUACUUUCAGAAAUGAAAGAUUAUGCAUAGUCUAUAAAGUAUUCAAUAGUACAUUCA